AUUUCUGAGCCAAGAUCAACUGGGGAUUCAGCAAUAACCGAAAAAUAAAAAAACGAAAACUACAUUUGGAGAGGGAGAGCGUCCGGAUGCAAGGGCAUCUGCAUGCAUUUGGCAGUGUUGCAUAUCUUCUGAGAAGAUCAGAGACACGACUGACAUUAACCGCCGCAACCAUCUCCUUCUCUUGCUAAUGUUUAAUUUUUUUUUCCGGUGGGGUGUCUUUCUUUUUUCUUUUUUAAAAAACAAUCCUCAGUUCUAUUAUGAAUCUUAGUUGUUGAUUUCAAUUAAAACUACCUCACAGACUUCGCCUAAAGCUGGUGCUUUUAAAAAAAAACUUGUAGGUUUUUUUUAAUGUGUGUGUGCUUGAUGACAGUAAAAGGCAACUGAAGGACUUUGCACUGAAGCCAAGUGAAGAAUCUUAUGAUUGCACUAUACAGAACUCAAGUCAGAUAAGACUUCAGAGGGGAAAAAUACGCCAGUAUCAGACAUCUCCUGCUUUUUUUGGAAGACCCAUCCAUCAAUUUCUCCCCAAAUUUACACCACAGAAGCACCAUCUUCUGGCUACACACACUGAAACAAGCAUCUAUAGCCGUGCUUCCAUUUUUCUUUCAAAGUCCAUAUUAGAAAUCCUUUUCCCACCAUGUUCCAGCGUUUCACCAGCCUCUUCUUCAGUGAUAGCAGCACAGCUGAAGUCGUUGAGGAACCUAAGCCUUUUGUUUCUAAAGAGGAAGAAGAAGAUGGAUGGCUUAUUAUUGAUCUGCCAGAUAGUUUGGCUUCAAGUCUUGGUACUGAGCAGUGGGUAGGUGAGAAGGAUUCUGUUUGCGCUUCCCGUUGCCGCCAUGGGUCCCUUCCACCUACCACGUCUUCACCCCACUCCCUCAGUGACUGUGUCAGCAGGUCCAUGCCCUCUCAGCCUGACCCCUGCUUGAUGGAUGAGAGUUGGUUUGUUACCCCUCCCCCCUGUUUUACUGCAGAAGGUCCUGAUGCUGUCAGUAUGGAGAGCAGCCCCAUGGAGGACCUCUUGAUUGAGCAUCCCAGCAUGUCUGUAUAUGUCACCACCACCACCAGCAUCAUUGUGGAAAGAGAGGAUCCUGAGGAGAACAUCCAGGAGAACGAAAUACCUGAAAACUGUUUACAGCGCCGUCCCCCACACCACUCCACUUCUCUUGCUACCAAGGCUGCCAUCUUGGAGAAGGUCAAUCAAGUGCGUCGGAUUCAGAGGGCAAAGCAGUUGGCAGAGAAGCACAAGUUGAGUCAGAAAGUCAUGAAGCGGCAGAACCGUGCCAGAGAGUGCCGCCCACAACGGGCCAAACCCCAAAGCCACUUCGUCUACCAACCAUGCCAGCGCCAGUACAACUACUAAGCUACUUCAGGAAGUCUACACUGUGGGGCAUUAUCCUUUUAACUUUUAGCUUCACUAGCUCUUCACAAUGCUUUUCUCCAUCCAAGAGGGUUGUUUUCACUCAUUUUCUGAAAUUAAUCAUCCCUCCCCUGUGAGAACUUCCUACAUUCUCAUGAACUUGCAACAUUAAAUGGUAGAUCUUUUGUGGGCUUUUCUUGAGCUUUAUCUCUCCCCCUCCCUCUGUUUUUAGCAAAAAAAUAUGUUUUCUGAUCAAUGACUUCUUUUUUGAAUUUAAUGUCCCAUCUUCUCUACAUCCUAUUUCCAGAUUUUGAUUUGGAUCUCAUAGUGAAUGAAACACAACAUGCCUUGCUAGCAUUAAGAAACAAGACAGCAAGUCAACUUUGAAUCUCCAAUAUAUGGGUUUUUUAAGUGUUGGAAAAACAUAUAUGUAUCUUGGUUGUUAAGAGAAACCAUGUUUCUUGUGUGAGUGUGUUUCUUGGUCCUUAGGUAGCAUGAAUUCACACACUGGCUAUUGUAGCAGUUGCCAGUGUUAGACUAAUUUGGUGCUUCCAGUGAAUAUAUCACCUUUAUUCUAAUUUAAAUAAGUUACAGGAGGAACAUGGUGCCCUGUCAUUUCUUUUCAUCCCUUGUUAUUGCACUAGAGAGCCUGUGACAUCAGUGCCUUUCUUUUUGACAUCAUGCUCAUGACAAAAAACAAAACAAAACCUAACAGAUUGUGAUGUCAAAUGGAGAUACCAGGUUCCUGUGCAAAAUGGAACACAAAUAAAACAAGAAAGAAGCCUAACGGAUCCCAAGUUAAAGAUUAAUGACAUGUAUUUUAACAUACU